AAGGGGAUGCAUCCCCUCCCACAGAAAACCGUAUGGCAGAGACAUCCCCUGUUUGGAGAAGAGGCCGGGUUUGAGGACUUUGGAGACACUUUUUAUCAGAAUCCUAGGGCAGGUUGGAUUCAUCAGCCUGGCACACUGACGCCGCACCUCCGCCUUCCCACACUGCCAUAAACAUUGGAGCCCCGACUUUUGAGCUAGACAGGUUGCCCCCCCUCACACACACACAAAACACAGUCUUUCUAGGCUGGAGCAUGGCUACAGCUCUGAGUCCCCAAAGCGAAGAGCCCCUAGAGAUUGAGGGGUGCCUAAUAAUGAAAGUGGAAAAGGACCCCGAAUGGGCAUCCGAGCCCAUUCUGGAAGGUCCAGCGAGCACUGAGCGUGAGACCUUUCGCAAAUGCUUCCGGCAAUUCUGUUACGAGGAUGUGACCGGACCGCACGAAGCUUUCAGUAAACUCUGGGAACUCUGCUGCCGGUGGUUGAAGCCAGAAAUGCGUUCCAAGGAGCAGAUCCUGGAGCUGCUGGUGAUCGAGCAGUUUCUCACCAUUUUACCGGAGAAGAUUCAGGCUUGGGCACAGAAGCAGUGUCCGGAGAGUGGAGAGGAGGCGGUGGCCCUGGUCAUCCAUUUGGAAAAAGAGACGGGAAGCCUGAGACAGCAGGUUGACAGUCCUCUGCACUCAGAGAAGCAAGCCCCACGUGGAACUGUGUGGGAGAUAGCAGAAUUCCAGCCAGAGCAUGAACCCCAGUCCAGAGUGGUAUCUCUAGAAGAAGCUAGAAACCUCCACACAGGAUGCCAGGAACAGCUGACCCGGAAGAGAGUGCAUCGGCCCUUGUCCAAGAAUGCUCAGUCUUCUCCCUGGGUUCCUGUUUCUGCUAAUGAGUGGGGCACAGUGGAUGAGGAGGUAACGACCUCACAUCUUCCUGCCCGGUCCCAGGAACCCCCAAGAGAUACCCACACAAGAGGGUUUUCCUACAGAAAGAGAGUAAACCCGAUUCCUGCUCACACAGGCUUCUGCCGGGAUGACAGGAAGGAGAGCGCUGGGAACAGGGUCUCCCUAGUGUCUGCAUCUAACAAGACAGCCCGGUUGGAACAAAGAAAGGAGCCAUGGACUGUAGGCCUACAUUCCUUGAAUAAGAGGAGCAUCCUGCAAAGCAGCUAUGUCAAGGAAAAGGCAGUCCAUGCUGUUCAGAUCCCUGCCAGGAGUGCCGGGAAAGCAUGGAAGGAGCCCCAACAAUGGGGUUUAGAAGAUGAAAAAAUAGCAGGUGUGCACUGGAGCUACGAAGAAACUAAGACUUUCCUUGCAAUUCUCAAGGAGUCUCGUUUUUACGAAACACUCCAGGCUUGCCCCCGAAAUAGCCAGGUGUACGGUGCUGUGGCUGAAUGGUUGCGAGAAUGUGGUUUCCUCCGAACCCCAGAACAGUGUCGGACCAAGUUCAAAAGUCUUCAGAAAAGCUAUCGGAAAGUCAGGAAUGGCCACGUGCUAGAACCUUGUGCCUUCUUUGAGGACAUGGAUGCUUUGUUGAACCCUGCAGCCCAUGCGCCGUCUGCUGACAAGCCAAAGCAGGUGAUCUCUCUUCCCCGAUUGAAGAGAAUUGCUGUCUGCGCGAGAGAACAGGUCAGUUUGGUGGAGGAGGAAGCUGCUGAAGAAUCUGAUGGGGAUGAAAUGGGCGUUGAAUUUAUCCGCAAGUCUGAAGUCCGUGGUGCCCCUGUCUUGUUUCAAAACCUGAGUGGUGUGCACUGGGGCUAUGAAGAAACCAAGACCUUUCUUGACAUCCUUCAUGAGACUCGGUUUUAUGAAGCCCUUCAGGCCUGUCAUCGGAAGAGCAAGUUGUAUGGGGCCGUGGCAGAACAACUUCGAGAAUGUGGCUUCCUUCGGACGCCAGAACAAUGCCGAACCAAGUUCAAAAGCCUUCAGAAAAGUUAUCGCAAGGUGAAGAAUGGCCAUGUGCUAGAGACAUGUGCAUUCUAUGAGGAGAUGGAUGCCCUAAUUAACUCCCGGGCACCUGCCCCCUCCACCAACGCUCCAGAAGAAAUACCUCCACCCCCAAGGCAAGAAAGAGUGCAUAUUGAGGUUGAACCCCAGGAAUCUACAGGCUGGGAAGCUGAGGAGAGUUCACAGGAGACAGUAAUAGAAGAUUCUGGAAGUGACCAGAUGAGCGAGGAGGAAACUGUACAAGAGCCAGAAUUCCGGGGACCUCCCAGUCUACUGCAAAGCCCACCUGAUUUUGAAAUUAUAAGUACUGUCAAGGAGGACCUGGCCCAUGUUACAUAUAAGGACACAGAUCCACAUCGGGUGUUCCUAGAAAAGUCUAGAAGAGCUGUUUCCCAGAAUGCUGAUCCCAGCAAGUUUCAAAAAAGGGAAUGCAUCUCAGGAAGACAAUGGGCAAACCUUCAAGCAAUGAGACAGGGGAAGCUGAUGGCUCAGCCGAGAGAUUUAGGGAGAGCUGUUGUGCAUCCGAGGCCUUUCGUGGGGAAGAGACCCUCCAGACUCCUCAAGUAUGGAGAGAGCUUUGGAAAGAAUGCCCGGCUUGUGUGCCGGAUGACCCACCCGAAAGAGAAUCCCUACAAAUGUGGUGUCUGUGGGAAGGGCUUUGGUAGAAGCCGGAGCCUGAUGAGACACCAAAGAAUCCACACGGGAGAAAAGCCUUUCAAAUGCCUGGACUGUGGGAAAAGCUUUAAUGACUCCUCGAAUUUUGGAGCCCACCAGAGAGUCCAUACAGGCGAGAAGCCAUACAGAUGUGGAGAGUGUGGGAAAUGCUUCAGUCAGAGCUCCAGUCUCGUCAUCCACCAGAGGACGCACACUGGCGAGAAGCCCUACCAAUGUGGAGAGUGUGGGAAAAGCUUCACCAACAGCUCCCAUUUCAGUGCCCACCGCAGAGUCCACACUGGAGAGAAUCCCUACAAAUGUGGAGACUGUGAGAAAAGUUUCAAUAACUGCACCAGAUUUCGGGAGCACCUGCGAAUCCACACAGGGGAGAAGCCCUAUGGCUGUGGCCAGUGUGGCAAACGUUUCAGUAAGAGCUCUGUUCUCACCAAACACCGGGAAGUCCAUGGAAGAGACAAGCUCCUGACACAUCCUGCCUCACUGUACACCCCAGAGACGCUGCCAAAGGGGAAGAGCGAGGAGUUCAGGAAAACUUGAUGAUGGGCUCCUCCCCAGUCAUCUGACCCCAACCUAGCUCUCGGAGUGAGGCCAAAAAGAAAUUUAAAAAGUGUAGUUGACAAUGUAAAUAAACUAGGCCUUCACCCUGUUCUCA